AAGGUCCAAAUUGUUGUCUCGCGUCGUCACCUUAGAUAUACAGCAAUAAAUUAGUUAAAAAAGCAUGUUAACGUAAACGGUGUAUGCCAUGCCGGCAAGAGUCAAGAGUCAAUCGUCUCCGACCGGGAAGGAGAAACUUUGUGACCGAUUGUGACGGAGGGAGUCAAAAACAACGACGAUCACCACCACCACCACCACCAAAAAGGCCAACGACACGAAACCGGCUGCCGGUUCGGAAAGGGAAGAAAUUCAGGUGAAGGUGAAGAAUUUCCGAGAGCAUACACACCCGUUCACCAAAAGCCCCGUACGGCGCGUACCGGUUGACUGGUUCGCUAUCUAGGUCUUCGGUGGUCGGUGAGGUUUUUAUUUUUCGGUGUUGGAAAAUGCACCACACCGUGUAAAAGAGUUGGAGAGACGCGAUAUCACUCGCAGAUAUACCCGCCAAAAAAGUCACCACGCAGUGGUCCGUGCUUGCCGUCUCUGUGUGUGCGUGUGUGAGCCAUGGGCGUCUUCCGUCUGUGGGCUCCGCACCGUUCAUCGAUUGGUAUGUGCAUACAUUCCGUAUCGGUAACGCCGGGAGGGAAGAUGUCGUUUGGCUGCCGUCGCUUCGUGGUGGUGCCGGUGGUGGUCGCGUUCGUACUGUUCGUCGGGCUGGCAGCGUUGGCCGAACCGUACCGGGAUGGGAAGUUCGGUGCCCGGUUGGUAGGCCGUAUCCGGGAGCGAAGGCUCGAGCGGGCCCAACUCCGGGCACAGCGGUUGCAGACGAUCGCGUCCAAUGAAGCGUUCGCCGCUGACUACGCGAUGGAUUUUCGGGACGAGAUGGUGGCCGACACCACAACUACUGCUGGCGAUGGGGAGGAGGACUACAGCAUGAACGUCACUACGACUGUUGGGGUAGCUGAAGAGGAGGAAGUGCGUAGACCGCCGCCACUGCCACCGGCACUGCUUGCCGCCCUGAAGCCCUCCCCACGCCGUACGAUGUUCGAGGGAAAGAUCACCUUUCGGUUUUACCAUGGGGGCAAUCUCACCAAACAGACAACGCUGAUCGAGGAGGAUCGGCUGCUGAACGGUACCGGCUGCGCGGCGGACGAACGCUUCGCCCUGAUCGUGCACGGGUGGCGCGAGAACUGUUACGAGGUGCCGUGGGUGUUGGCACUGCGCGACAACCUGCACCAGCAUCGGGGUGGCUGCGUGGCCUGCAUGGACUAUUCUGCCUUUUCGAGCGGUGGGUACGGUGGGCUGGUCGGUGCGUUCCGAGACAUCCGCGACGUGCUGAUGCACUUCCUGCAGCAGCUCCGGUACGAGGGCGUCCAGUUCGGGCGCACGUUCGUGUUUGGGUUCAGCUUUGGAGCGCAGCUGGCGCUGGACGUGGGCAGCCGGAUCGGUGGCCAGGAGCUGGAAGCGAUCGAUACGUGCGAUAUGGCUGGCCCGGGCUUUGAUAGUGAUCGGGCGUUUAAGCUGAUGGAUUUCCGGAAUGCCGCUAAGAACGUACAGUGUGUGCAUACGAGCAUUGAUAAGGGUACGAAGUUCCCGAACAAAUGUCACCAGAACUGGCGCAUGGGACAGUGUGGGUUGAGGCAGGCGGCGGCAGGACCACCACCGCUUGGAUCGCACGGGCUUUGUCCGGUGUUUUACAACCUGGCGUUUAAGUACCAGUUCCUGGCACAGCCGAAACCGCUCGAGUGCGUUUCGUUCGGGGAGGUCGCCACCUACCCGCGCAACUACCGGAUGGGAUACAUGGAGACGAGAAAGAGUGAGGUCCGAGGGGAACUCUUUGCGCCGACCUCCGACGUGUUCCCGUACACGGUGUACACUAAUCCGUACAACAUCUUUGACUAUGGUUUCUAGAAAUAGGGAAGGUGGAUAGACUCUCCAAAAAGAGAGUCGCAAGUGUCGCAAAAACAACCAACCCAGUGGUGCCAAUUUUAGGACCUCCCAGUGCCAACUACCCCAGUUUGUAAUGGCUUACACCCGACGAAGGUGUAGGAGUUGACAGAUCCCAUCGGGGGCAGCAAACAACCCACGGACGAGCGGAGGAGUCGACUUCAGGUUUCGUCAUUGCUUAUGUUUAAUGUUCGGUUUUUUUUAACUUUAAGUGUCGAUUGAAAUACGAUAUACACUGAGCGAAAGGGAAAUAAAUAUUUUACUCUUUACAAAUACAAACCAAA